AUGCAAGCCUCAGCUAAAAAAACAAGUGACACACCCAAAAAAGAAAGCAGAAAAGCAAAGGACGAAUCCCCAAAAACGUCACAAGAUGACAAAACUAAAUAUGCAACAGCAACACCAAGGAAUUUCGUACAAAAAUCUUCAACAGCCGAUAUAUACGGACAUAGGAAGAGAAUCACCUCCUCAACAACAAAAGCACCGAAAAAAUCCCUCACAACUUCAUACACAACAAACAACGCUUCACCAAUGGCUAAUCUAUUAAAAUCAACAUCGUCAACCAAUCAGUUUAACUCAGAAAAAGCUAAAAAACCAAUCAAAUCCGUUGAAAAACCUUCAAGAUUAUCUUCAACACCACGAAUAAGAGAUUUUACAGCCAACUCUCCGAUUGUAAAACGUAAAUUGAAUAUGGAUAUGAAAAAAGAACAGAGUUUUAUAAAAGACAAUAAAGAUAAAGGCGUAGCUAAAGAAAAGAUUAAGGUUGAGAAGGAAAAGAUAGCUAAAGAUGGGCAGGAAAGACAAAGAACUAAGACUAGAACUUUGGAUGAGAGUGAAGUGAAGAUUUUGACUGGAGUAGACAAUAACGUAGAAAUGAAGAACCUGUCUAAACGGCUCAGUGCUAAGCCGAAAGCUUUUUAUAUCGAUUUGGAGGAUGAGAAGCCUGCUACAAGCAAAAAGGCCCCACCACCACCACCAAAAGCUCCAAGCGAUGAAGACAUAAGUUAUGAAGAUGACUUCGAGAGCUACGAAUCAGACUUCGAUUCCUAUCACAGUUCAUCAGGAGAACAGCAUGAGAGUGGAACUGAUGACAAGGAACAGGAACAAGGCAAUGAAGAUGAUGCUAGUGAUGGUGAAGAGGAACCAGUGGGAACUAAGGAGGUUAAGGAUGAAGAGAGUAUGUUGGAUUCUGGUAACUUCGAUCUUCGUGAUCGUUCAGCUAACAAACUAAAGCCUGUGGCAUUAGAUUUCAUCCUGGAGACAGCAGAAGGUGGUGAGAAACCCAGUUCCUUGACAGACGAGGGGUUCCAAGAGAUGAGCAGCUCCAGUGCCGUCUCCAGCAUCAGAACUGUACAUACUGAAGUUAUUGAGAGGCCACUCUUCAUUGAUUUUACAAAAUCCAAAGAAAAUCGACGAAAGAAACGUAUUGGAGACUUGUUAAGACAACGCGCUAGAGAUCUUUUAAGCAUAAUUACACUGCAUGAAAUGUCUUACAGUCUCUUUGAAAUGAAACCAAUAUCUUAUGAUCUAUAUAUGGCAACAUUUGGUAGAACAAAUUACACCCAAAUAGCGGUACAGACUUUCGAAGAUGGAAUCUCAGAAGAAAUACAAACGGAUGAAAUAGAGACAGUUCAUAAAUGGACGCAGCAUCCGGUUGAAUUCACCAAAAAUGAUAUUUGUAUAAAACAAAAAGUUGUAAAUCGAAAAUAUAGCAAGAAUACCGAAGAUUAUCUAACGAAAUUUACGUUUUUGACAGCUAGUAAUGUAAAUAUUGAAAGGAAUAAUGAGAUUAACUUGGAUGAAAAUUAUAAAAUGGAUCCGUUACGUAUUUAUUUCGAACAAAAAGAUGGCGUCGGUCCCAGCGAAAUGUUGCCGUACGAGACUUAUAAAUCAAAAUUAAAAGACAACGAUUAUAACUCACACAGAUUAGCAAAGUUUUUAAAAAGACACGAGAGUAAGAUUAGUAGUAUUUUGAACGCGAAUAACGGCAACACUGAACUGUCAGAUUUGAAUAUUUCAAACUUGCCUUUCAGUAGAGGUUAUGUGUCUGUUUCUACGAAGAAUAUAACAUCAGAAUCAAUGACGUUUUUAUCAAAAACGAAAAUAUCGAAAAUGUGUUUUUCUGACACGAAUUCGAAUUUGUUAAUGACAGUGCAUAGAACGGAUGAGAAUGCCGCGUUAAAGAAGUGUACGAUUUGUCUAUGGAACAUCAUUGUUGCCACUCAAGAACCUUUAAAACUACUGACAGCUGUAGAUGACGUGUGUAAAGGACGGUUAAGAGGAAGCUCUGACGGUUACUUUGUAGGUGCUUUGGAAGAUGGUUCAGUUCAUCUAUGGGAUCUGUCAGAAGAACCAACGUGGCGGGAUGAUGUUACCAGUGAAGCAGAACCUACCAAAUUGGUAGAAAUUAAUGAGAAAGGUCUAACUGAGGUAGAAAAGGAUCGCGAGUGGAAUAACAAGAACAGCAAUAUUGGUUUGGAUAAACCCUGCAUACAUUGCGCAUUACAAUCGUGUGCUUACACGAACAGUGCCUUCAACAUGAGCAAUGGAGAUGUAACAGAUCAUAUCGUCGGGUUGGAAGUGACGGGCGACGCGCAUUGUAUAGUCAGCCAGGAAGGAGGUCGCAGGAUAAUGGGUCAGGUGGUCACCCUCCAAACCAUAGGCAUACUAUCAAUAUGGUGUAUAGUACAACAAAAGUCAAAAAUCGUACCCCCAGAUAUUGGCAAAGCGUUUUGGUCAAAAAUGAAACUCGAAAAACUACAAACUAUAACGCUAACAGAUCACAUAGACAUGCCAAUAAAAUGCCAAAAUGGCGAAUUGAAACUAGACUUCAACUUACAUGCCGCAAAACGAAGGAUGUUAAACAGAAAACAAGAAAAAUCUAUAAUUAAAAAUGUAGUUUCCCGCCCAAAGUCCGCCAUGUCUAUGGAUUUUGACAUUGACAGGCCGGCCAGUGCUGCCAGUGGUAAAAUAAAAAGAGUGUUGUCAGUUGAAAAAAAUGUGUCGAAAAAUUGGGAGAAUGGUGUUGUUUGUCGUGAUUUGAAAGUUAUGACAUGGAAGGAUAGGGAUUAUUAUUUGAUAGCAAAGAAUUGCGGUGAAGUUUUGUGCUGUAGAAGAAUCCUAGGGACUGUUAAAGUUAAUACUUUUUGUAUUGCAACAGACGCAUCAUCAGUGAACUGUAUAGAGGUCUCAUUCCAUCAGUUACCAUACUUCUUGGCGGCGACCGAUACUGGAACUAUCAGUGUUUGUUCUUUAUUAGACAACAGGGUUCUACUUACACUGGACUGCAGGAACAUCCAACCAAAGGACAUAGAGAAGCACCAUUCGGACCAUAAAGGUCGGUACAUCAGCAGUAGCAGCGUGACUAGGAGCUCGCGGAUAUCAGUAAUAUCACUAUCCUGGUCCCAUAUAAACCCUUGCUGUAUAUUCGCCUGUCUACAAGAUGAGAGCAUGGUACAAUGGGAGCUAUCAUACAGUGACAUACACGCUAAGUGGACGGGUGAUGCCGUGGCCAGAGGUUGUAUGACUGCUGAUAGUUCGCUUGCUCUCCUAACGCCGGCAGGAGAGGUCAACGUCCACAGGUUGUCAAACGAACAAAGGACUAAAGAGUUUUUGAUACUUUUCGAAAAAUACCUCGCACUGUUGUAA